UUAAAGCUCGUCCAUUCGCUCGCUUUGCAUGCACGCUCUAUGGUUCGUAAAAAGCUAGGACCUUCCCCCCACAGCCGUUGUCUUUAUCUGUGGCCCUUUAUUCGGUGUCAGUCAGGAAAAACCCCCAACCUAAACAGAUGAUCGAUCAGCCGUUCAGGUACCCCACGAUGUUUACCAACAGGAGGAAUGCCAAAAAGCCGGAUGGCAAGCUCAUCGAGAACUUUCAGACCAAGUUCUCGGAUCUUGUGCGUCCGACGCCAAACCACCUUCUACCCGCUAGAUUCUAUAUGGUCGGUGGAGGAAUUGGACCUACACCGAACAUUUGCGUCACGCCCAUCCAAGAUGACACCUCACUGCCCACUGCAAAAUUGAGAAGGAGAAAUAGCUAUGAUCGCACCUUGAACAGACGGAGCAUCGUGUCGAAUAGCCCGGCCGGAGACUUGCUCACUCCGUCGGGGAGAAUAGAUACGCUUCUGGAUCAGGCUUUGUUUGACCAGUUCACUAACAAUACACCGCGAGCUCAGCCCGACAAUACGGGCCUUGACCAAUUCGGCGUGUCUAGUUCGAUGCUGCAGCCUCAAUAUGUGGUCCCUAGCUCUCUGGAUGGACCACAUUCUCUCCAACAUCCCAUCAUGCCUCUUCCCAUUGAUACUGCAUCUCAUGGGAAUGUUGACGGAAUUGCCCCGGGUGAGAUCACUAAACAUAGCUAUCCAAGCUCCCACAUGGUCGAUGGGAUGUUGGACUCCGCCAAACUUCCAGGCAUGAAAAGUGAAAAACUGCGGUAUCGCAUCAAGAUGCACACACCGACAGCCAUGAUCAAAGAUCGGAGAGAAGCCCCAGUGACGUAUCUCAACAAGGGCCAAACGUACUGGCUGUCGGUUGUGGAUUCAGUGCCACCGCCGCUGGGCAUGCAGCCCACAAGGUACCGCACGUCGGUACGCAUCACUUUUGACGAAGAAGCGCAAGUGAGCGACCCCGUGGGUUGCUGGCAACUCUGGAAAGAGGUCCGUGGGCAGAAGGAAGCCAAUCAGCAGGGCCGCGGGCUACAGGCAGUGGAAUUCCUCUCUCCGGAAGAGGGAACACACAGCCAGCGACAGGAUCAAGUCCGGCUUGAAAACGUAUCCCUCGAUGGAUUCUGUGUCUCAUGGACGGCAAGUCCAGGAGCGACCAUCCCGCAAUGCAAGUUGGGUGUUCGCUUCAACUUCCUCUCGACAGACUUCACCCACUCCAAGGGCGUCAAGGGUUCCUCGGUCAGGCUGUGUGCCAAAACCGAGACGGUCCCAGCAGUAGAUCCCUACCCAGAGAUGUCAUACUGCAAGGUAAAACUAUUCCGUGACCAUGGCGCUGAGCGGAAGAUCUCCAGCGAUGUCUGUCAAAUGAAGAAGGCCAUCGACAAGCUGAGAAACGAGAUGGCGCUAUCCGGAGCCGGCGCGGACCACCUCGGGAAGCGGAAACGGGACAGCUCGAGUGCCUCAAAGAGCGCCAGCGAUGCUAAGAGAAACGAGCGGCAGCUUGCGUCAAUGGAGAGCUCACUCUCUUCGACUCUGCCCGUGACCACGUUCGACCUGCUAGCUGAUCAACGGGAUGAUCCGGACUGGUAUCCCAUCCUUCUACCAGAACUCGGGCACAAAACCUCCCACUCAGACCUUCGUCGCCACAGCGUCGAGAGCCUCCAACAUCUUUCCAAAGCCGGUUCGCUAGACCCGAGCUCGCCCUCAUCCCUGACAACCCCUCCAUCCCUAUCACCCACCGGCAUUACUACGGAGCAGUUUCUUCCGAGAGACCUGACAAAAUCCAGCAGUUUUCCCUCCCAACCCUCAGAACCAGGUACGUCACCCAACAAAUCAAACACAGAGAGAGAAAGCCCAAAAGCUUCUUUUGUCCCCCCAUAUCUAAAACCCCCCCCAGCAGCCUGCUUCUACAUCCGCUUCUACGACGAAUGGAAAGUCCCCGAAAGCUACCACCGCGCUCUCUACCUCACCGAGCGAACCGUCCGCAACCUGACCACAAAGAUCUGCCAAACACAAGGCAUGGACCCGGAGACCGUCACCCGAGUCCUACACGUCAACCCAAGCGGGUUGCGAAUCAUGGUAGACGAUGACGUAGUGCAGCGGAUCCCGGACGGGCAGCCCAUGAUGGUUGAGAUCAUCUCGCCUUCCCCAACGUUGGAGAUCUCACCGGGAGCAAAGGCGGAAUUUGAGGUCAUUCUUAGUUAUUGAUAUUACAUUACAUAUUACGUUGUUCAUAUGCAGGUACUAGUGUCUAC